CCCAGAAGUCCACCCACCGACCGCCGGAUACUUUUGGCGAAUUUAGGCGAAUUUCGCAUUUGAUUUUUCUACACUUAAACGCAAUCAAUUUUAUUGCUCUCGUUGCGGUUGCCUGUCGAAUCGAAUUCAAUUCGAUUUGCUUUUGAAUGCGCCAUGUUUUCUGGCUGCUGUGGAUGUGGGUAUGUGGAUGCGGAUUUGGUCUGGUCAUGGAUUUCGAUUCCGAUUGCGAUUCCUUGGGUCCACACCUGAAGUAUCCGAUCGAGACGAGACGAGAUGAGUUGAGUUGAGAUGUGGCAGGCAAAGAGCAAAAACAAAAAAUAUAUGAACUUGUUUACAAGCUAAUUGCGGGCGUGGAAUGUUACGAAAUUGAAAAUGUUGCUGCGUUCCUUUCAUUCCAUAUGCACAUGAUCUGCGGUUGAUCGUGAUCUAUAUGAGUACAUGUACAUGUACAUGUACGAGUAAAUGCCAAUAUAUAUCCGCGACUUAUGUGCUAACAUAAAACAGAUGACGAACGGCAGCUGUGACUGCCAAUUUCGCAUCAAAAACAAAACUCGAAAUGGCCAAUAUCGAUUUACCAAGUGCUCCGAGAAUUUUGAAUUUUCCAAAACAGAUGCGAUCGCCAAACAGGCAAGUCAACCAAUCGGGUUAACGACGAUCCACGAUCCACGACCCACUGGAAUUUUCCCUUCCUUUUAGAACUUAGUCCAGCUUUGCCAGUGCUCCGGAUGAGAUCGCCAUGGGAGUGAUGCGGAGAUCGCGGAUCUGGUUGCUCAGGCUGCUGCUGCUGCUCCUGCUGCUCCUGCUGCUGGAAGUGACGCCUCCUGCUCUUCCGGUUCCCAUGCGAUCCUCCCAGUCGCUGGCCCUUCUGCGAGCUCGUGAUCAGUGCGGCAGGGAGCUGAGUGCCGACCAGCGUCUGCAGCUGGACAGGAUGCAGUACGAGGAUGCACCCCAUGUGCGCCACUAUCUGCAUUGCUUCUGGUCGCGGCUGCAACUCUGGCUGGAUGAGUCCGGAUUCCAGGCGCAGCGCAUCGUCCAGAGCUUCGGGGGCGAGAGACGCCUCAAUGUGGAGCAGGCACUGCCCGCCAUCAACGGGUGCAAUGCGAAAACGAGCUCUAGAGGAUUGCGAUCGCAGGCGGUGGUCGACUGGUGUUUCCGGGCCUUUGUCUGCGUGCUGUCCACUCCAGUGGGUGAGUGGUACAAGCGCCACAUGUCCGAUGUCAUCAAUGGGAAUGCCUAG